AUGACUACUGUUCCGGUGAGCUCUGACGCUGGCGCCAGGUGGGACUGGCCGCUCCACAAGGGAGACGGAAUCGUCAAGGUUAGUUCGAGAAUGACGGGCUCUGGAUAAAGUCUCAAUUGGAGUAUUGUAGGUUCUCGAUUACGAAGACCACUUCGAGGUGGGGUUGGAAGCCCAGAACUUCCUUCCGAAGGAGAUUGAUGUGAAGAACGUCGGCGACUUCCUCGAGAUCCACAUGUCGCACGAUGUCAAGGACGAUCAGUUCGGAAACAUUACUCGCAGCAUCACCAGAUGCUACAGACUGCCGAAGGGAACCGACGUGACCACGAUCAAGAGCAAGUUGGACGGCAACGGAAUCCUCUACAUCACCGGUAACAAGAAGAAGUGA